AUGGAGGUCGCGGAUUUGAUACCGGUAGUCGAGCGCUUCGAAGAUAAUCUUGAUGAUUUGGAGGAAGUGAUUAAGCCGCUUCUUGCGCGCUCGUUGGAAGAGACAUCCAAAAAGCUACCGCUGUUGGAGAGGGCCAAGCUACAUGCUCUGGUUACAUAUACAGUGGAAUCGCUGAUUUAUUCAUACUUGCGUCUUCGAGGAGUGGAGGCCAAGGAACACCCUGUCUUCACGGAGUUGACCCGGGUGAAGCAGUACUUUAGAAAAAUCGCAGCGUUGGAAAGUGAACCGGAGAAAACAGACAAACCAACAAUGAGAUUAGAUCAGGGCGCGGCCCGUCGUUUCAUAUCACAUGGUCUUGCUGGCAAUGAACAGUACGACAACGAGCGAGCCGAAAAGCUAGCAAAAGAGAGAGCACGAGCGCAACUCAAGGCGGCGAUGCUCGCCAAGCAGUCAAAAAACAAACCAUCGACUUCAGUUUCGUCACAAGAACCCAGGGAAUCGUCCACUUCCGCCAGCAGUUCAGAUUCCGAGGCCCAUUCCGAGUCCGAGUCCGAGUCUGAGUCUGAGGACUCCGAACCCGAAGCUCAGUCGCAGUAUGUUGAGAACAAUCGUAAGGUACAACCAUCAAAGGAGCCGCAGGCCCCGGAAGAUUUUAUUCAGUUACCAUCGGAACCAUUUGUUGGGUUAGAAACUGCAAAGUCGAAAGCAAAGAAGAGGAAAGAAGCCGCUUUAGCUAGGAAAGCCGAUCGCAAGGCAAAAAGAGAAGGGAAGCCAACGAACGAGGCUAGCAAUAACAAACAAGCCCUCGAUCAGAAGAAGGAGAGGCGGCGCAAUAAACAAGCCAAGAAAAAGGCAAAGAGAGCCAAGCAGAAGCAGAAGGGAAAUGCCUAA